AUGUUACGUGGACGCGGCUCGCGCGGUGGACGCACCGCCGGUUCUUCUUCCUUGGUACAUCCACCUCCUCCGUCAUAUGCUUCGGCACCGGUUACAGUUCCUCCAUCUGUUGCAGCACCGAUUGUUCCUCCAUCUAUUGCAGCGUCCGUUGCUUCCUCGAGUUCGGCUCCAAAUCUCCCGUCGCCGGCGACGGUUUCCAUCGAGACACUAUCGGCUGAAGUUAAACAGAAGGCUACUCUACAGUCUGCUCCAUCGUCUCAGAAGGCGAUUAGGUUUCCUAACCGACCUGAUUACGGUCGAUUGGGAAGGAAGAUUCAAGUUCGUGCUAAUCAUUUUCAGUUGCAAGUGGCUGAUAGGGAUCUACACCACUAUGAUAUAAGUUACAAUGUGGUAUGA